GAGAACAGGAAAUGGGCUUGGGCCGAGUUCCGGGCGCCAGGCGGCUGCUGAAAAGAGCGGAGCGCGGUGUCUGUAACCCGUGAGGCAGAGCCGCGAUGUUCCGGAUCGAGAGCCUUGGGCCGAAGCUGGACCCCGAAGAGAUGAAACGGAAGAUGCGCGAGGAUGUGAUCUGCUCCAUACGGAACUUCCUCAUUUAUGUGGCCCUGCUGCGAGUCACUCCUUUUAUCUUAAAGAAAUUGGACAGCAUAUGAAGAGUGGGCAUCACGGGUGAAUGCAUGAUAUGAAGAACCUGGUUACAGUUUCUCCUCCUAUCUGCAAACGAAUAGGCCCAGACAGAUGUAAGAGACUCUUUGAAUGGACAUAAAAAUUCUACUUGUUAAGAACAAGUUUGGCUCUGGUAACUCACCUUUAUAGUUAAAAGAUAAAGCUAUUUGCGAUUUAUGAAAAGAUGUUUUAUGGUCAUAGUACACCUUUUUGCCUGUGAUAUUCAGCCUCAUGAAUGUUGGUAUAAUUGUAAGUGAUGUCAUACUCCAUUUUCUAGCAAGUAUUAAUUAUAAGGGAAUUAAGUCUGCAAUGGCACUGUCUUACGAGUCAUUUCUGUGGAUUUUUUUACUUUUGUCUGGCAUAUAUUUGUUGAAGAGUUCCUUUCAAUUACUUAUGUUUUAUGGAAGCCAGCACACAAUGCCAUCAUUUAAGCACAGGCCCAUUGGUCUAUAUUUUUAAUAAACAUACCAACUAAGAAAAA